AUCAGAUUUUCCUUAUUGGAAAUCUAUAUAUCGAAAAUUCGCACCUGAUUCUCCCUUUUUCUCUUCCGGAGAUAUUGAACGACAACUUCUUCAUAAACAGGUAUUUAUUUUUUCUUAAUCCUUGUCAAAUUUCAUAAUUUAUGCUACUAAUUACUUCGAUUCAGCUCAUUUUUACUUAAAUGACAGUUUUUUGAGCAAUAUUUUGUGCUAUAAUCAUAUUUUUUUUGGUUACUAUUAGGUUUAAAAUUUGCUUGAAAUUAGUGGUUAAUUGGGGGAAAUCAGGUUAAUUUGGUAUAAAUUUUUUUUGUUCUCAAUAGUUAAUUGAGACAGCUUUUGUACUUAAAUAGAAGUAAUUAAAGUUUAGCCUAUUCUCUGUUAGAGUUGAAAGAACAAUUAAUGUUUGACAUUUGCGUAGCUGCUUGAAAAUGAAGUCUGAUUCUCCUUAUGUUAUACUGUACUUCAAAGUAAAAUUACGAAAUUUUUAUAUUUUGAAAAUAAUUUUAAGAGUUUUGACUUAUGAGGUGACAAUAUGACAUCCGUAAUAUGAAAAGUCCGAGUAACAUGGGUAAGUUGCAACUUGCAAACUAUGGAGUAAUAAAAUAAAGUAUAAACUGAUGAAGUAAAGAGUAUAUACAUUUGUAAUUCGUAAACUCAAUCAGAAAGUACAGUUGUUAUUUACCGUAGCUUGUAACUGGUUACUUGUCCCACUCCCUCAUACAAGUAAAUAAUUAAGGAUAUGGUAUGAUUUUACAUCCGGAUAUUUUUAUGAUAGCUGCAUCAUUUUAAGUUGGACGUUUUGAAAAAUCCAAUCAUAAACCAUAAUAAUUUGGUGAAAAAUAACAAACAUCUUGUUUCUAGAGGGAGGAAGCUAUGUUAUGAAUGACGGUGGUUUCAUUAAUAUGGAAAACCAUGAGUUAUCAAAUGGUCUUCUCGUUAUUCUUCAUAACAUAAAUACAUAAUGGCAUAUUGGCAUAAGUGUUGGCUCUUACUCACUGUCCAUAUAAAUGAAUCCUGACUUUUAGUUUAAGCUUCUCUUUGGGAAGUUCUCUUAAUGUUAGAGAUGAUAUCGCAGAAUUAGUUCGUUAGUAUCCUAGCAUUCUCCAAUUUGUGUACUUUGACCAUUAAAUUUUACGGUUUCCUUUCAAUUCCCGGUAAAGCUUGCUUGUAAUAUAGACCCUGUACUGAGGUUAAUUACAAAGUGGCUUCUUACUUCAAGGCCAAAGUUGCAAGGGGAUAUCCUAUGGCUGCAAUUGACUUGACUGAAGAUGAAAAGAAGCAACUUAUUGACAUGGACGAUCAUGAAAGGGAGAUUUUCUGUCCAAUUGUUGGUUGUGGCGCACGGUUAAAAUCAUUGGAAGGUUUUGAGGAUCACUAUAAUGCGAGCCAUACUGCAUCCUGUUCAGUGUGCCAUAAAGCAUAUCCUACGCAACGCUUGCUUAGCAUACAUGUGUCUGAAGUGCAUGAUUCUUACUUCAAGGCCAAAGUUGCAAGGGGAUAUCCUAUGUACGAGUGCUUGGUGGAAACUUGCGGGUUGAAAUUCAAAAGUUACAAAGCCCGACAUCAACAUCUUGUGGACAAGCACAAAUUUCCUACAACAUUUGAGUUUUAUAAGAAAGUGCACCUGUCCAAGAAACAAAGGCAAAAGCAGUGGCGUAAACAAGCUCUUUGCAAAGAGGAAACUUCAAAUGGAAUGCCAUUGGACGCUGAGGUUGAUGACACCAUGGAAGAUCUUACUUCUGCUAUCUGUCAAUUAAGUACUUCUGACUCCAUGCCUUCGUCCAUCAGCUUUGGCCGUCGCCACAACCGUGGCUUGGCCUUUGUUCCUCGGUCUGUUCAGCGUGAGAAAAGACCGGACGACUCAUCUUCCACAACGAAUAGAUAGCAACACAUGUUUGAUAAUUUGAUUUUCUUUUGAAAAUAACAAUGGUGUUAUGCUACAGUAUCAUUAUUAUCAUAGUAGUAUACUGUUUUCUUCUUCCAAUGAUAUGGUCAAACAGUCCUCGUUAAGCCUUAAAUGAAAUCGAUGACUAAAUAUCUUUAGCUGUGGAGAUCAUAAAUGGUAUAGCAAAUUGAAUUAAACUUUGCCUACACUUCAUUUUUCAAAUAUCUUACCCUGCAACCUAAGAACUUCUCCCCAUAGUGACCCAGUAAGUAAACUCCUUUAGUAUUAACGAAGUAACUCCCAUAAUGGUUGGUCAGACACAUUUAAAAGUUGGUGUAUAAAUAUUUGUUUACAUAUAUUUCUCAUUAAUUUGCAUCAAAAAAAAAAAAAAAAAAAAAAAACAUACUUUUCUCAUUAAUGAUGUCAACAACUAAAUUUGUGACAUAAAGUCAAAUCAAUAGAGCUGACCAGACAUAAUUAGCUAUGACGUGUACAUCGCGCACUAACCGUCUUAAUCGAAUGAUUGGUGUAAUUAAUGUUAUUUUAUUUUCAAUAUUUCUAAAAUAAAAUUAAGUUGGGAAUUCAUGACAAAGUCACGCACAAAUCGGUAUAAAAAUGUUAUUUUAUCUUCAAUAUUUUCUCUUUUAGCUUGUUAUAAUCAUUUUUCUAAAAAUAUAAAUAAAAUUAGUUUUAGUAGAGAGAGUUUUCUUCUAAAUCGCUCCCUUAAUUUCCGUAUAGGUAUAUAAACUGUUGAGCUUUCCUAAACAAUAACACUCUUACUUGUACUCCCUCCGUCUCCAAAAGUUUGACCCUUUUGGCCCAAUUUUAGUCCCAAAAUGUUCAUCCCAUUUCCAUUUUAAUACCCUCUAAUUUGCAAUAAUAUUUAUGCAAAAUUAGCUUCCCCAUGCAAAUUUUGCUUUUUCUAUAUACUUUUAUUACUUUUUCUCUCUACUUUUUUGCAAUUCUAAUGUAAAUUUCUCUUUUCAAUUUACUUUUCUUAGCUUCCCCAUACACUCUUAUACUUCCAAUAACUUUCUUAAUACCCGCGAAAUCAACCCAAAAGGGUUUGUUCUUUCGGAUACGGAGGGAGUAACUCACGUAAAAUGGAUAUAAUUCCGCCACGGUCAGACCUUCAUGAAGAACUCCUAUCCGCCAUAGCCAGAUGCUUGAACCCAAUUGACAUCCUUAGCUUCCGCAGCGUUCGUAAAUCAUGGUAUUCUUCCUCUUUACAUUCUCUCUCCUCCCCGCUUUCCACUCUGUUUCCUCCUCUGCCUCUCACCACCCCAUCUCCGCCCAAUUCUCUUCUAAAUCGCUUCUACUCUAUUUUAAACCCCAAUGCAACUCACGACGCCGUCGUUUUAUCUGCCACUGUUUCUAUGCUUUUCGUCCUUUAAUCGAUCAAGAUUUUCUAUCAUGGAUGCCUAGGGUUUCGCUUCUUAUUCUGGAUCAAUCUGUUUCUGGAAAGGUCAGUUUUCGUAAACCCUUUUGUAGGGUUCCGUAUUCUAUGCCUAUUAGUUUCCCUCGAACCCUAAAUUUGCUUGAUUUUCGUGUUUCUGAAUUGGGUCGAUUUUACAAUCUUAGUUAUCUUCCUAAAGGGAGUGUUUAACCAUCUGUUUUUGGGAUUGUUCAUAAAGUGGUUUUGUUUUCGAAUAAUAAUGGUUUGGCUGUUGUUGUACUUGCUGAUAUUGGGAAAUUGGGGUUGCUUAGGUUGGGUUUAAGUGUUGAGAAUGUGGGUUCUGAAACAGAAUGGGAAAUUAUACAUGAUGGUAAAGGAAUUCAAUUUGAUGAUAUUGUCGAAUUUAAGGGUCGGGUUUUAGGCAUUGAUCGUAGAGGAAGUGUGUAUGAGAUUAAGAGAGGUUGUGCUAACCGUUUGGCAAUGGAUGCCAAUCAUGCCAUCGUCUCUCCCAUCACUAAUGGAGGUGGAAACCGGAAACGUUUAGUGGAGUUGUUGGGGCGCUUGUAUUUAGUUGAUCGCAGUAAUCUUAGUGGGGAGAACGAUAAGGUUUAUGAGCUCAAUAACAAGAAAUGGGUUGAGGUUAAUAGUCUUGGUGAUCAAACUUUUUUCUUUAGUCCUUAAUUUUCCUUUUCCGUGGCAGCUGAGAAGCUCCAUGGUUCUUAUGGAAAGAAUUGUAUCCUCUUUAGUGAACAAAGUUUUUUGAACUACGAUGGAUACGAUGACGACUAUGUUCUAUUUAUGACAUCACUAUCCAAUAAUCUUCAUAUUAGAAUUUGGCACUUAGAAGAUGCUUCUCAUCUUGGUUUACUUGAAUCACCCCCUGGCAAUUCUAAUUUAUUUUGGCCGCCUCCAUCUUGGUUCUGGCCGAAAGACAGGUCUGAGCGUCUUGGAACCCUCUCAAUUGCAUUUGAUCGGUUACAAUCAAGGAUUCCAGAUGAGCAUUCGAAGGCUAAGAUCCAUGAACUCUCUCCGCUGCAACAAAAAUUUGCACUUAAACUUAAGGAAUGCACUCUUAAGAUGAAGGAACUCCUGAAUCGAUUCAGAGAGAUAGUUAACAAAAUGAAGGCUGUUGAAAUGCUAGCUGUGUCAUUGGAGCAACUCUGCAAUUCUGUAAACCUGCAUAAUCAAAUAGGAUCAUCCAGACAGCUUACAGCUAUGGAAAGGCAUGCAUCUGUCGAUUCAAUACUGAAAGCUGUGAAACAGAAUAACUGUGAUUUUGAUUGGUUUUCUAUGGUGACAAGUCCUGUCAGAACUCGAUGCUUAUAUCCUUCAGUUUGAAGAAUUUGAACUUGAUGUGGAGAAUGCCCUCGAAAAGGUUGAAUAGCUCAUUUGUCACCAUUUAUGGAUUGAUCGGAUUCACCAAGAUUGUCAAGUGUGAUGUUUAUCGUUUCAGUAAGCUUAUGAGUUAUGACUCUAUUGACCUCAA